AUGGCCAUCGACCAGUUGAACAGCAGGUUGCUCGACCUUUGCCCGGAGCUACGCAACGCCAUCUAUACUCACACCCUCGUAUCCCACGAAAACAUCGUUGUGUCACACGACCUGGAAACCAAAAUGCCCAGUCUUUUUGCGACCUGCAGGCAGAUCCGUGAGGAAACCUACGCCAUGUUCUACAGCCUGAACUCCUUCACCGUGAGAGUCUCAGACAAGCAGAAAUCAACAGCGAUGGACUGGCUCAAAGACAAGUCUCGCAACACAGCAUCUCUGAUAAAGAAUAUGACGCUCGAGUACGAUCCAAGUGCGACGUGCAAGGACAGGGGGCAUCCGAUCUGGCAUGUAUCUCCGAGGGCCAGAUGCUUGCCGAAGGUCUGCAAUCUUUCCAGAGCAUCAGGAUCUCGCGCUCUAGGCGACUGA